AUGUCGGGCCCAGUGCCAAGUCGAGCGAGGGUCUACGCCGAUGUGAACACACAGAGACCUCGCGAGUAUUGGGACUACGAGUGUAGCAUUGUCGUCUGGUUCAACCAAGACGAUUACCAGCUGGUGCGGAAACUCGGCCGUGGCAAAUACAGCGAGGUCUUCGAAGCCAUCAACAUCACCAACAAUGAGAAGGUGGUGGUGAAAAUACUCAAGCCAGUCAAAAAGAAGAAAAUUAAGCGUGAAAUUAAGAUCCUGGAAAACCUCCGAGGGGGCCCCAAUAUCAUCAGCCUUCUGGACAUCGUCAAGGAUCCCGUGUCACGAACACCUGCCCUGGUCUUUGAGCACGUCAAUAACACAGAUUUUAAGCAAUUGUAUCAGACGCUGUCGGACUUCGACAUCCGGUUCUACAUGUAUGAGAUCUUGAAGGCGCUGGAUUACUGCCACAGCAUGGGGGUCAUGCAUCGAGACGUCAAGCCACACAAUGUCAUGAUUGACCACGAACACAGGAAGCUGCGUCUGAUCGACUGGGGCUUGGCCGAGUUCUACCACCCUGGUCAGGAGUACAACGUGCGGGUGGCCUCGCGGUACUUCAAGGGGCCGGAGCUCCUUGUGGACUACCAGAUGUAUGACUACAGCCUGGACAUGUGGAGCCUGGGCUGUAUGCUGGCCAGCAUGAUCUUCCGCAAGGAGCCCUUCUUCCACGGCCAUGACAACUACGACCAGCUGGUGCGGAUCGCCAAGGUGCUGGGGACGGAGGACCUCUACGAUUACAUUGACAAGUACAACAUUGAGCUGGACCCCCGCUUCAACGACAUCCUUGGCAGACACUCUCGCAAGCGGUGGGAGCGCUUCGUGCACAGCGAGAACCAGCACCUGGUCAGCACGGAGGCCCUGGACUUCCUGGACAAGCUGCUGCGCUACGACCACCAGACGCGGCUGACGGCCCGGGAGGCCAUGGAGCACCCCUACUUCUAUCCAAUAGUGAAAGAUCCGGCAAGGAUGGGCACCUCCACUGGGCUUUCUUCCGCUAACACCCCUGUCAGCUCCUCCAGCAUGUUGGCAGGGAUCGCCUCCAUGGCAGCCUCUCAGCCCAUCGGCAGCUUGGCCGCCUCGCCUGUCAUCUCCUCUCCGAACGCUCUGGGCUCGCCGGUCCCCGCCGCCGCCGGAGCACAGCCUUGAACUCGCCGCCGCCGCCACCACCUCUGGCUUCCAGCUCCACCAAGGCCACGGCCUCCCCUCCCCACCUGCCCUCGCCAGGCAGGAGAGCAGAGGGAGGGAGGGCGGCCGGGGGAGUCCUCUGGAAUGAUUUUUUUUCUGUUGAGUAUGUUGAAGAGCAGAGCCUCAGAUGCUGCCGCUGCCGCUGCCCCUCCUCUUCCUCCCCCCUGCGCGGCAGCGAGCGCGAACUCUGGCUACGGACGGAGGCCUCUCUGUGUCACGGGAGGGUAGCUGCGUUCUUCCCAGGAGGCUUGGGGCUAGCGAAGCAACUGCAGUGUAGACACUGAAAUGGAGAAUAAAAUUUAUUUUCUAUGUCCCUAA